AUGUCUCGACAGCUCCAGAGCGCGUGCCUGCUGGUUGUCCUACUGACUGGCAGUGCCAGGACAGCCAGGUUCAUCCCCCAGGCGGGGGUAUGCGGGGAGGCUGCGGCCGUGGACGAGCCCCCGUGCGAGGAGGAGAGGCUGUGGACGACGUUAGUGGGCAGCGUGGAUAAGGGCAUUGUGACCGACUUUUCGAACGACGACGGAAGGCUAAUUGUUAACUGGGAGGUCCUGGCCAAAAUCAAAGAGACGCCGGAGUACGGGUGCAUCAUGAAGCAAGUGUACUGGUUCUUUGGCAAAGUGCUGAACGAGGGGCAGAAGAAGUGGGGCAGAGACUACAAUAAUCUGAUCCACGCCAUCACACGUCUGAAGUCGUGCAAAGUCAAGGUCCACUGCCCGAAGACAUGCAAAGAAAUCAAUAAUGAAGCGAAGAAGUUGAAACUGAGGAAGGUGAGGGACGAGUCCGACCUCAGCGCCAGAGAGCUGGCCACGUUUCAGAUCAAGAAGCUUCAGCGAGCGAAAAGACGGGUCGCGAAAUGCAAAAGGACCUGGGAGAGAGCCGUCAUAGAGCUGAAGCAACUCCACUACUACCAAAGUAAUAAGGAGGUGAGGGUGAACUGCCCUGGAUGACGGAACGAAUACUCUGCUCUUCUUGGGAACAGAAAUGCUUGAAUUAUUUUACAAAAAGUUUCAAAGUAGUUUCAGUUUUUUGGGAUAAUUACAAUAAUUGUUGCCAUUUACCUGUUAUGAAACAUUCGCUGGCAUAUGCAAAGUUUAUAUUAAAUAUUACAGGGAAAAGUAUUUAUGGGUAAUUAACAAUCUUUGUUUGGGAACAAAGUUCCAAGUUCAAAUUUUCGGUCAUUUGUGAAUUUGUUUUUGUUUCAUGUUAUUGUGUCAAAAUAUUUUUCAUUACAAUGCAAUUUUCCAUCUCAUUUUAUAUUUGUGUUUUGACGUCUCUAGAUUUCCUAUGAAUGCAAACUGUGGUGAAUGUAUUUGUUUCCGUAUAUUUUCUGAUGGCUUAUCAGUUUCUGAAUGUAACUUAAACUUUAGCUGCACUAUCGAGUCAAUAAGAUUUUAUUGGAGGCCCGAGGUAACGUGUACUUUCAGUGAAAGAUGGAAUAUCUGCAGGCAGAAAUGAUCAUAUGCAAAUAGGAAUGAUUUAUA